UCUGCCUCUCUCUCUCUCUCUCCAACACCAUUCAAUCUUCUUCUCCCCCAAAACCCCCGCAGCCAUUGUUUCUCCUCCUCCUCCACAAACCACAACCAUGGCGGUCGAUCAACAAACCCAGAUUCAACUCUCUUACAUCCUCGGCCCAGAUUCAUCCCACUUCGAAACCCUAAUUUCUCACCUCAUGUCUUCCUCAAACGAACAACGUUCCCACGCCGAAUCACUCUUCAACCUCUGCAAACAAACUCACCCCGAUUCACUCGCUUUGAAACUCGUUCAAUCUCUCAAUUCAUCUCCCAAUCUCGAGCUUCGUGCUAUGUCCGCUGUUUUGCUACGGAAACAACUCACUCGUGCUGGAGAUGACGACGACGGUUCCGCUUUUAUCUACACUCGUAUUGCUGAGUCUACUCGUUUGAGUAUUAAAUCUGUUCUCCUUGCGUCUCUUCAACAGGAGAGUACUAAAUCUAUAGCUAAGAAGGUUUGUGAUACUAUCUCUGAACUUGCAUCUGCGAUUUUACCGGAGAAUGGUUGGCCGGAGUUACUUCCGUUUAUGUUCCAGUGCGUUGUUGCUGGUGAUAAUCCGAAUCUUCAGGAGUAUGCUUUGUUGAUUUUCUCUAGAUUGGCUCAGUACAUAGGUGAAACGCUGAUUCCGCAUUUGAGUACUUUGCAUUCAGUGUUUUCUCAGUCUCUGAGAAACUCCACAUCUGCUGAUGUUAGAAUUACGGCUUUGGGUGCUGCUAUUAAUUUUAUUCAGUGUUUGUCGAAGGCUUCGGAUAGGGAAAUUUUUCAGGAUUUGUUGCCGUUGAUGAUGCAAACUUUGACUGAGGCAUUGAAUUCUGGGCAAGAAGCAACAGCACAAGAAGCUCUGGAGCUUCUUAUUGAAUUGGCUGGUACUGAACCGAGGUUUCUGAGGAGACAGAUUGUGGAAAUUGUUGGUUCGAUGCUUCAGAUUGCGGAAGCUGAGAGUUUAGAAGAAGGAACUAGGCACUUGGCAAUAGAAUUUGUGAUUACAUUGGCUGAGGCACGAGAAAGAGCUCCGGGUAUGAUUAGGAAAUUGCCACAGUUCAUUAGCAAACUCUUUAGCGUGUUGAUGAACAUGCUUUUGGAUAUUGAGGAUGACCCGGCAUGGCACAGUGCUGAGAAUGAGGAUGAAGAUGCUGGAGAGACGAGUAAUUAUGGGUUUGGACAAGAAUGUUUGGACAGGCUUGCGAUAUCUUUGGGUGGUAAUACAAUUGUUCCUGUUGCCUCUGAAGUUUUCUCGGGUUUCUUCGCAGCUUCUGAGUGGGAGAAGCACCAUGCUGUUCUCAUUGCUCUUGCCCAAAUUGCUGAAGGCUGCUCAAAGGUUAUGAUAAAAAACAUGGAACAGGUGGUUUCUAUGGUUUUGAACUCUUUUCAGCAUCCUCAUCCCCGUGUCCGAUGGGCAGCAAUCAAUGCAAUUGGACAGUUGUCUACAGAUUUAGGACCUGAGUUACAAAGUAAAUAUAACCAGUCUGUGCUGCCUGCACUUGUUGGAGCCAUGGACGACUUUCAGAACCCUCGAGUCCAGGCCCAUGCUGCUUCCGCUGUUCUUAACUUCAGUGAGAAUUGCACGCCAGAAAUUUUAACCCCUUAUCUGGAUGGAGUUAUUAGCAAGCUUCUUGUACUCCUUCAGAAUGAAAAACAAAUGGUGCAAGAGGGUGCUUUGACUGCUUUGGCGUCGGUUGCUGAUUCUUCACAGGAGCUAUUCCAAGAGUACUAUGAUGCUGUUAUGCCUUACUUGAAAGCUAUUUUGGUAAAUGCAAAUGACAAAGCUAAUCGUAUGCUUCGUGCUAAGUCCAUGGAGUGCAUUAGUUUGGUUGGAAUGGCGGUUGGAAAGGAAAAAUUUAAGGACGAUGCAAAACAGGUCAUGGAUGUGCUUAUGUCUUUACAAGGUUCGCAACUGGAAGCGGACGAUCCAACAACAAGCUACAUGUUGCAGGCUUGGGCCAGACUCUGCAAGUGCCUUGGACAAGAUUUUAUCCCUUACAUGACUGUUGUUAUGCCCCCUUUGCUUCAAUCAGCUCAGCUUAAACCCGAUGUUAUCAUUUCAUCUGCAGAUUCAGAUGAAGAUAUUGAUGACGAAGAUGAUAGCAUUGAGACCAUCACUCUUGGUGACAAGAGGAUAGGGAUCAAAACUAGCGUGUUAGAGGAGAAAGCUACGGCCUGUAACAUGUUGUGCUGCUAUGCAGAGGAGCUAAAAGAAGGGUUCUUCCCUUGGAUUGAUCAGGUUGCUCCUAUUUUAGUUCCUCUUCUCAAGUUUUAUUUCCAUGAAGAAGUUAGGAAGGCUGCUGUAUCAGGUAUGCCGGAGCUGUUACGUUCAGCUAAACUUGCUGUGGAGAAAGGGAAAUCUCAGGGUCGUAAUGAAUCCUAUAUAAAGCACUUGAGUGAUUAUAUAAUACCAGCGUUGUUGGAGGCCUUGCACAAGGAGCCUGAAGUGGAGAUUUGUGCAAGCAUGCUAGAGGCAUUGAACGAGUGUAUACAGAUUUCUGGACCAAUUCUAGAUGAAAGCCAGGUGAGGGGCAUUGUAGAUGAGACAAAGCAGGCAGUAAUAGCUAGCUCAACCAGACGGACGGAAAGAGAAGAGAGAGCUAAGGCAGAGGACUUUGAUGCAGAAGAAAGUGAGAUCCUAAAAGAAGAAAAUGAACAAGAGGAAGAAGUUUUUGAUCAGAUUGGUGAUUUACUGGGUACGUUGAUAAAAACAUUCAAGACCUCUUUCCUGCCCAUGUUUGAUGAGCUUACAUCUUACAUAACUCCUAUGUUGGGUAGUGAUAGAACAGCAGAGGAGAGAAGAAUAGCUAUAUGUAUAUUUGAUGAUGUUGCUGAGCAUUGUCGUGAAGCAGCCCUUAAAUACUAUGAUCCAUUUGUCCCUUUUCUUUUGGAAGCAUGCAAUGACGAGAAUGCUGAUGUUCGGCAGGCUGCUGUGUAUGGUAUUGGAGUUUGUGCUGAGUUUGGCGGAUCUGUUUUCGGACCUCUUGUCGGAGAGGCACUCUCCAAAUUGGAUGUUGUCAUUAGGCAUCCUAAUGCUCAGCAGUCUGAGAACGCCAUGGCCUAUGACAAUGCUGUUUCUGCUCUUGGAAAAAUAUGUCAGUUCCACCGAGGCACUAUUGAUGCUGGAAGGAUUGUUCCUGCAUGGUUAAACUGCUUGCCAAUAAAAGGGGAUACAAUUGAGGCUAAAAUUGUCCAUGACCAGCUUUGCUCAAUGGUGGAGAGAUCUGACCCGGAUCUAUUAGGGCCUAAUCAUCAGUACCUUCCAAAAAUAGUUGCAGUUUUUGCUGAGGUCUUAUGCGCAGGCGGUACCCUGGCAACAGAGCAAACAGUGAGCAGGAUGGUAAAUAUCUUAAGACAGCUUCAACAGACAUUGUCUCCAGCAGCACUCGCAUCUACAUGGUCAUCUCUGCAACCACAGCAACAGCUUGCACUACAGUCCAUCCUCUCCUCUUAGUUCUCUUAUAUUCUUUUGGGAAUUUGGCAUGACAAUGAAGAUGAUCAACACAGGUAUCUCUCUCAAAGGUGUGCAUAAUGUUUGAUUCUUGGCUUUUGCUGCUUACGAAAACGACAAUGUCAAGUAGUGCUCAGAAAACAAGAAAGUUUUGAUGUGUUUUUUCUUUUGUUUGUGUUAAGACAAUGUUGCUUAAUCAAAUUGUGAAGAUUUCGUUAUUUACAUCCAA